GAGCUGAUAUUACGCAAUUUGUACCCAGCCUGGCCCCAGCUGAUGUGAUGCAAAGUAUUUGAGAAUGAUGGCCACCUGCCGAAAAUUAACGAAACAGUUAAUGAAGGAAUUACUGGAUUCUGUCGAUACGAUUCUUCUAGAUUGUGAUGGAGUUCUUUGGCAUUCUACAACCCCCGUCCCUGGUGCUGUGGAGACGAUCAAUAAACUCAGAUCAAUGGGCAAGCAACCAAUUUUUGUUACAAACAACAGUACGAAAUCAAGGGUUCAGUACCAGGAGAAAUUCACAAAAAUGGGAUUUGUGGUAUCUAAGGAUGAGAUCUUCGGUACAGCAUACUGUGCAGCUCUCUAUCUGAAGUACAAACUCAAUUUCAGCGGCAAGGUUUAUCUGAUGGGGAUGACAGGAUUGGAAGAGGAGAUGAAGGAACAUGGUAUUGAGUUCAUCGGAACAGGGCCAGAUGAUGUGGAAGGUCAAAUUCUAGAACAUCGAGCUGACAGCGUAGUUCUUGACCCAGAUGUCAGUGGUGUUGUAGUAGGGUUCGAUCAGUACUUCAGUUUUAUGAAGCUCCUAAAGGCCGCUUCUUAUCUGAGCAGACCUAACUCAGUCUUUAUAGGAACCAAUGUGGACCAGCAAUUCCCGCUCAGAAACUCAGAUAUUGUCAUGCCUGGCACAGGCUCCCUCGUGCGACCUGUAGAGGUAGCUGCAAACAGGACAGCAACGGUUCUCGGCAAACCUAGCAAAUUUAUGUUCGAUUGCAUCCAAGAAAAAUUUGACGUGAACCCUGACAGGACGGUGAUGAUCGGUGAUCGUCUGAACACAGAUAUCCUCUUAGGAAAGAACUGUGGAUUGAAAACCUUGGCCGUCUUGACUGGAAUCACGAGUGAGGAAGAAAUCCUGGCCUUCCAAGGAAGUGAAAAGAAAGAGGAAAGAGAACUGGUUCCAGACCUUUAUAUCGAGUCAAUAGGGCAUUUUGGCAAGCUUUUGGACUAGGUGUUUGUGUUUAAGUAGAUAUUUUGUAGUACAGUAGAAGCUAUUUAUGAAGACCUCCAAGAGGUGAGAAAAUUGAUCUAUAUAGACAGUUGUUGAAAGAGAGGGGAUCAGUGAAAGAUGGGAGAUCAAAUUGGUACCAAGUAUUUACUCUGUAUAUCGAGUUGGCAUUUAGGCAAGUUUUUGCACUAGGUAUUUGAGUUUAACUAGAUAUUUUGCAGUAGAGUAAGAGCUAUUUAUGAAGUCCUCUAAGAGGUGAGAAAUUUAUCCAAAAAGAAAAUUGGCGAAAGAUGGACAUUGAUUGGUCACAUAUUUAUAUUGAGUCCUUUGUCAAUUUAGCCAAGAUUUUGGACUAGGUGUUUGGGUCUUUUAUAGUAAACUUGAUUUUUGGAUGAGUACAUACGCAAUUUAUUCAAGCUUUUGGACUAUGUUGCUCGUCCAUAGCCUUGGUAAGCUUUUUGAAGUAUAGUAAUAGCAAUUUAUGAAGACUUCUUAAAGAGGUAAAAAAUAUCAUUACAGACAGUCGGUGGAAUCAAAUUUAAACUAUAUUUUUUUUAUGUUGAGUCCAUAGGAAAUUUAGGUAAGCUUUUGGACUAGAUCUUUAAGUCUUGGUAGACUUUUGUAGUACAGUUAUGUGAGAAAAUGUGAUCUUUAUAGACUGUUGAUGAAAGACAAAAGUGAAUUGGUACCAGGAGAGUGGUUCAUAAAUACGAAUCGUCUGACAGGUCAUCAAAUCCGACAACUCUCCUUGAUUUUGAUUGGCUGAGUAGCACAGAUGUCCGACUGAUACCAAGGUACCAGAUUUUUUUCGAUGAUCAAACAGAUUUUGUCUGAUUAAACAGACUUUGUUGGAUAAAGCAUGUGACAAGCCAUUUCACAAAAAUGAUGAAAUGCUUCUUAGAUUUUUAUACCGCGUCUGUCGACAACUCAUGCAAACUCUUGGUCGAGGUAUGGACUUAGUAGAUUUUGAUACAGUAAAACCUAUCUAUAGUGGCCUUGAAAGGGUAAGGAUUGGUUGAAGAGAAAAAAUGUGGGAAAAUUGAUACCAGAUCUAUAUGCAGAGUUUAAAGGCAAUUAUGGUCAAGUUGUUUGAGGUGUAUAUUAUAUAUAUUAUAAACUGGUGAUAGAUGUGAAAGAGGAGAGAGGAUCAUUACUAGAUCUUUUAUUAAUAAUAAUACUAAUAAGGAUAAUAAAAAUCAAGCACUUAAUACAAUUUGUCUAAAGGCUACACAUACUAUUUCUCUGGCUUUAGCAUGGCUACCCUGAUUGGGCACUUGAGUAUUCAGUGAAUUCCUUCCUAGUGGGUACCCAUUUACUACACCAAGGCUCCGUAACACGAAGAUUAGCAAUCAAUCGCUAAAUGGACUGGCCAAUAAUGAUCAAUGUUACAUGCGCAGUUGGUUUAAAAUACUGACCAGGAACCAAUCAGUGUGAUUCUUUCAUACUCGCAAUUCAUCGGAGCCCAGGAUGGAGAGUGACAAAUGUAGAUAAAUGCCUUGCUUAAAUGAGGGGAGAGCUACAGUGGGAUUUGAGCCCUAGACAUUGUAGUUCAAAGUCAAUAAACCAGUCCAGGCAAGAUAAUGGACCUGGUGAAGUGUUAAUGUUCACUCUAUUUGUUGAACUGUGAAAUCUUGUGUCCAGUGACUUUUUCUGGGAAACAAGGAAGGAGUUUUAGUUCUUUCCAAUAUUCAGAGGUACUUAAAAAGAUUGUUAUAGUUAUCAGAAUAAUGAUGAUAAUUUCUUAUUUGAUAUUUUCUUUGGGUUGUAAAACAUAGGUCAGUAUUCUGAAGUCUUGUUUAACUUAGACCAUGGUCUAACUGUGUGCUAAAACUAUGAGAUGCCCCAAAUAUCAAAAAGUUCUGUUUAUACAUUGUAUAUUUCUUAUGUUGACUUUUUGGUUUCCUUUGCUUUCAUGAUGAAGACAAAAUACUUCAGUCAUCAUUCCCAGACCAUUAUGCAUGAUUUGAGUGUUAUGUGAGUUGAUAAAUUGAAGAUGUUCUAAUAAACAUUUAUGCAGCAAUUAUCUACCCAUAGUUCAAUCACAACUUGAAACCAGAGCCCUGUCUAACAAAGAGUUAUGAUUGAUCCAAUUGAUCUCAAGUAUAUGGAAAUCCAUCAGUGUCACAAUUUUUUCCACAGGAAAUUCCACAUGGUCCUUUGUAAACAAAGAGAAGCACACUGAAUUUUGAAGAAAAUGAUGGAUGUAUGAAUAUACAUCAUAUCCAGAAAAUGUUUAGAACAAACAUGCAUAAUACAUGUUGAUAUUGCUGGCUGUCCAUAGUUGUGAUUGAUCGAAUCAAUCACAAAUCUUUAUAAAAUGGGGCCCAGAGUUUAAUAUUUAAACCUGAGUCCAGAAUACAGACCCUUAAGAAUUUAAGAAUUUUGAGGACAGCUGAGAAAAGGCUGUAUUUUAGAAUUAUAGCUAUUGUGGUAACAUCAUAUUUUUGAAAACAGUCCCCUACUUCCUGAACAGAACUCUUUCUGGGAAAAAGAAGGCUGCUACUUAUGUCAUAAUUCUAACAUAAAUUUUAUUUUUAGCUGUCCUAAUUUAUUUAUUAGAAAGUCAAAAAGGGGCCUAAGCUUUCGAUCCUAGCAGAAUCUUUGUCGGAGGCAAAAUGACAAACAUAUAAAGUGGAACAACCAUAAUAUAGACCACAAACAAGCUACAGCAACACUAGAAACAAGGAGACAAAAGGGGCAUUAGUGAGUAGAGAAGACCAAUCAGGUUAGUGAAGGGGAUGAAAGAAAAGGAGUAGGCAGACACAAAGGGAAGUUAGUGUUGGUAAGGCCAGUAAAAGACCUCGAGCCAAGAGGGAUUAAAAUAAUGAGGCAGGCAACAUCAAACAGGAUCUGGAACAAAACAGUGAUAAUGGGAUGAAAAACAAGAGAAUUAGUGAGAGGUGGGUCAAACAGGUUACAAAGAAAGGCUGAAUAAACUGGUGCAUAAGAGUGGGGGGAAAAAAGAAAAAGAAUGGGGAACAACUGAUAAUGUGCAAAAGACAUAUAAGUAUAUAUGAUAAAGCAUUAAACAAACUAAGAGAAGAAGGUAAGUGUAAAUAUGUAUCUAUAAGUGAUAUGUAUAUAAAUAUAUCCAAAAAAGAAAUGUAUAUGAAAAAAUAUAUAAAUACACAAAUGGUGUAACUGAUAUUGUAAUCCGCUAGGUGUGACGGGGAAAAAACAUAAAGACUAUAUAGUAGGAAAAAAAAAAAGAAAAAAAAACCCUGUAUAUGUGAAAAAGAGGAAGCAAAUCGCCUAAAAAAUUUAUUUAUUAUUAUUUUAGAUACAAGGUUAUAUUAGCCCAUGUAUCUAAGCAUUCAUAAAUCAUUGGUCUUAAUCAUUCUUGACCAUGGGUAGUGUAUACAUUUACAUUACACACUCCCUGGGGAGUAUUCCUUUUAGAUUCCUACUAUAUCAAUACCUAAGUGGAAAGCUUUCUUUUUGUAUUCUUAUGAUGUUUAUACUGUUCAGUCCAUUAUUUCUCUUGUGCAAUGGUAAUAGAGAAAUGGUGUGAAAAUGACAGUCAACAAUAGUUCCAUAGUUUUAGUAUAUUUCAUUCAUCGACAUUUCAUUUAUAACCCAUUUCAUCUAUCAACCAUUUGGUCCACUCAUCACUUUGUCUAAUCACCAGUUCGUCCAUGACCAGCAUUUCGUCUCAUAAUCAGUUGGUCUAAUAUCCGUUUGAUUUUCGUUCAUUUCACCCAAUAAACACUUAGACCAAAUGGUUAUUAGAUGAAAUGGCAAUUAGACCCUGUGGAUAGUGGACCAACUGAUGGUAGACGAGUUGUUGAUUGGACGAAUUGGCAUUAGACCAAUUGAAAAUAAACCAAUAGAUCAUAGUUCCCAAAACCCCAAAGCAACUUCCUUAGACCCCCAUCUCAGGGAUUUAUAAGGCACCCCCCCCCUAUCUGUAUCAAAAUAUGACUUGGGUGCCCCCCCC